GCCAUUCAGUGGAACGCAGAGUUCUGAGGGUUUGAGCUCUGAAGCUAACCAAUGUUUCACCGAGGCCAUGAAGAAGAGGUCACUUCAGAUCCUGAACUGCAACCAGGAAAACCAUGAGACCUCAUAAUGUGGUGACCGGAUGCAGACUGGUCGCUGUUCUAAUUCUCUGGCUCGGUCCAUCUGUUGGAGUCCAACACACAGGUCGUGCUCAUGCAGCAGAGCGCCAGGAGCAAACUACAGACGGCUCCAUCGGGUUGAAGGAGGUGGUGUUAGUGAUCCAGAGUCAGAGAAACUCUUAUCAUGCCCGUCGAGCCGGCCAGAGGAAGGUGGAGAUUCUGCAGCAGGCAGCUGAACUGGGACAGGGAGUUCCAGUUGUUCUUCUCCUCCAUGAGCUGUCAGAGUACGACGGGGACUGGAGCAUCCUCCCUGCACUUCCUCAUCUCUCUGAAACCUAUGGUCAGUCCUCAGCCUGGUUUUUCUUCAUAGAGGAGGAGACACAAGUCACGCUGUCUGCUCUGCUGCAAGUCCUCAACAGAUAUCCAAUACGAGAGGAGUGGUUUUUGGGGAAGCGUCUGAAUGACGAAGACGCUUCAAUCAUCCACCACUACGCUUUCUCUGAAGACCCCGUCUCCUUCGGUUACCCUGACCCGGCAGCAGGCUGGGCUCUCAGCACGUCGCUGCUUCUUAGACUUGCAGCGCGAGUCCAACACGAGCCGCUGAAGUCUGAUUUCACGAUCGACUUGAAACACGAGAUUGCAUUGUUUAUUUGGGAGGAAGGAAACGGUCCAAAGCUGACAGCAGUCCCAGAGUUUUGCACGGAGACAAGAGACAACUGUGCGACGACAUUUACAACCUACCUGCCCAACUGUGGAGAUCCGGUGUUGAAGAAAGACGUUUUUGUUGCUGUUAAAACUUGUCAAAGAUUCCACUCAGAGAGAGUCCCGGUGGUGAAAGCAACCUGGGAGAAGGACGCUGCGUUUUUGGAGUAUUACAGUGAUGUCGCCGAUGCCUCCAUACCCACAGUCAGCCUGGGAGUGCGAAACACUGAGAGGGGGCAUUGUGGGAAGACUUUUGCCAUCUUGAGGCGGUUCCUGAGCAAAGCUGUGCCAAAGGCUGACUGGCUGCUCAUUGUUGAUGAUGAUACGCUCAUCAGUUUACCCCGGCUGAGACGUCUGCUGCGUUGCUAUGACCCAAAAGAAGCAGUGAGUCUGGGGGAGAGGUACGGCUUCGGCUUGGUUCACCAUGGCUACAGCUACACCACAGGAGGAGGAGGCAUGGUGCUCAGCAGGGUGGCCGUGUCCAGGUUAGUCUCCAGCAGUUGCGGCUGCUUCAGUGAUGAUGCUCCUGAUGACAUGGUGCUGGGCAGAUGUCUCACUUCACUGGGUGUUCCCAUCACACACAGCCCAUUAUUCCACCAGGCCCGACCGGAUGACUAUCCAGAGACGCUUAUCUCCUCGCAGCAGGCCAUCUCCUUCCACAAGCACUGGAACAUCGACCCCGUAGCCGUCUACAAACACUGGCUACAGGACACAAACACACGAGAUGAGCUGUAGAUACAGUGUGUGUGUACCAGAGAGGAAAGAAUUCAUCAUGUGUCUGUGGAGGUUCUCAGUCAUCUAGGUCAUGAUGACUCAUAGUUUGAUCGAUGUUUCACCUCUGGCUUCUUCAGAUCUGAAUUGACAGGUGGACACAUAAGCCUCUGUGGGUCAGAAGUAUGGUGAUGAACACAGCAUUGUCCGUUGCUGUGAUUAACCCUACUUACAAAUUGUCACGGCAACACAACCCUCGCACGAGCUCGGUCUAGGGCAUCCAAGCGUUGGCUGCCCGUGCCAUACUACAGAAGGAAUCAGGUGGCUGUCGAGCAAAAGGCAAAGGGAAAAAGGCGGACCUUACCUGUGCUGACUCCUUUCCAGGACACCAUUCAUGGCUCCGGGACCAGCUCACGCUGCUUCCUUCUCGUUACCCCUCAGGGUUUCGGAUGACAGUUCAUAUUUAAGUUAACAUAUAUAACACACGACAAAACUCAACGGAAAAAGGGGAAAACUUCGCAAGAAUGUCUUUCCACGGCUUCUGACAACGGCGUCUCUUUCUUCUCGCCUCUCUAGCAGGUGUCUGCCUGAGCUAAUCAAGACCACAGCGUCACCGUCUCAUUGAUAAAUUGGUCACGUGACCAGGAAGGUCCGCCCACCUGUAGCUCGACAGCCACACCCCCAUACUCUGGACAGUGUUGCCGCAACAAAAUGUACAGGACAAGAUCAGCAAAGACAUAGAUCCUCCUGCUCGGUCAACAGCAUGUGCCAAACUCAACUCAACCUAUAAGUUCCUCACGGGAGUGUUGUGGAGUGGAUAGAUGGAGCUUUGCCUUUGCAGGACAUCCAUUGAUAUCAAGGUGGCAGUGUGUUUCGAGUAUUCCUGCACACUUACCCACUCAGCAUGAAGCCACAGUGGUGCUUUAAUCUUCAAAGUGUGUGUCUGAGUGUGAAUCAAAGGUUUUUAAUUUAUCUAAGAGAGAUUAUGAGAAUGUUUUUGUUAUGAUGGUGUAUUAAUGUUGUAUUCUACUCUGGGUAUUUAGUGUUACAGUAAGAGAGUCAAACAAUGUGAAUGAUUUGGGCAGUGUUGUCAAAGUGAUACUCAGAGUUUGUUUAUAUUUUAUUAUGUAGUCAGGUGAGUCCUUGAGAGGUUGAACUCUGGAAAUGAAGAUCAUGGCAUGAAACCAUAGACUGUAUAGUAAAUGGACGUAGUAUCCGUGAUGUCACCCAUCUGCCUCUGAAGAGCUGUUUUGAAGCUGAUCCU